CUCUGGCGGGCGGGGUGCCGGACAUCGAGAUCCUUACCCCACUGUUAGCACCACAGAAGCUCUAGAGGUUCCAUGUGCCGCUCACUGAGGCUGCCCUGUACCUACUCACCUGCUUGGGAAGAUGGUUCUACACCCCUUUUAAGAAUUCUUGGACAAUUUCACCUAGCCGUCCAUGAGCUUUCAUGAUGGCGAUCUAUUUUCCUUCCACACCAUCGCGUCCCGUAGAUUUGUUAUCCUCAGACCCUGAUCAAUUGUUACAUCGCCUCGGUCAUCACCGCCCAACCAACAUGAUUCGUGUACUGGAGCCAACAGCACCGCUUUUCGCCAUCCUUGACUCAUCAGUGGAGGUCAGCAAAAUCUUCGGGCUUCCCACCGACAACACUUGACCCCUCCGUCAAACACACAACGCCGUUGACAAUCGACAUGGAGGACUACGAUGUUAUCGAGCACAGCGACACAGCAUUGGGCCCUGAAGUCGUGGCUCGGAUACGCGACUGGCUCCAGCCAACCGACUACACAGCCGAAUCGGGCGAAUAUUAUCGUCACCUGUCGUCUCAAGCACCCGGCACAGGCCUGUGGCUUUGCCAAACAGACGAGUAUAAAAAAUGGCAUGGCUCACCAGAUCAUGGCAGCUUAUGGAUCAAGGGCGUUCCGGGAGCAGGGAAAUCUGUCAUGGCAGCGAGCAUCAUCAGGCAUCUAGAGACGACAGAGAACUGCCCGGUACUCUUCUUCUUUUUCCGAAACAUUGUUGCUGCCAACUAUUCUCCUCGCGCUCUUCUCCAAGAUUGGCUUGCGCAACUUUUGCCCUUCUCUCCCAAGCUCCAGCUCGCACUCCAAUCACAGCUGAAUACUGACCUGGCAAUCAUCUCCAACAAUGAUCUUUUUGACCAUUUCCUCAGCGGAAUAUCCUGCGUCCCAAGACUCUAUUGUGUUGCUGAUGCCCUGGAUGAGAUGAACACGGACAGCAGACCAUUCCUCGACAAGUUCAACCGCCUCGCCACGCACCGCCCAGGCUCCUUGAAGCUUCUCCUGACAAGUAGACCAAAACAGUAUCUCCAGAGCGCGUUGCGAGACACCUUGAUUGUGCACAUUAGUCUGCAACGGCAUCUGGUGGAUGUUGACAUUGUUUCAUAUCUCAAUUGUCGGCUUGAAAAGCUCUCCACAAUGAACAAUGCUGUGGAAAAGAACCAGCUUGUUGACCUGGUUGCUAAAAGGUCGGGGGGAUUGUUUCUUUAUGCCAAGUUGACCAUGGACCAGAUGGAAGAGGCUCUGUCUAGGCAGGACCAAGUCGACAUUUGUGCUCUGGAAGCAUCACUCCCAAUUGGAUUGGAGGAAACAUACGCCAACUUGUUGCAGAAACAUCGUCAUGAGAGCCAGGUCGACCUCGAGUUCCAGGUUUUUGUCUUGGAAACUAUCACCCAUGCGUCCCGUCCAUUGCGACUGACUGAGCUCGCCAGCCUCGCCGGAUGUCUGAGCACCAUUAAUGAACCUUUGACACACUGGAAACAGCUCAUUAGUACCUGCUGUGGGCCACUUAUUCAGGUGUUGGAAAACGAGACUCUCCAAGUUAUCCACCACUCCUUCACCGAGUUUCUGAGAGGUGACGGCCGAAAUAGCCCAAGUGGAACUGAGCCUUCUUCGGCCUUUCCAGUCAUUGACUCAACAAUUGCCCACAAGAACGUGGCUCUUCGAUGCUUGGGGUAUGUUCAAUCGCUUCCACUCCCAAGCGUAAAACAACGCAGGUCAUACCGCGAGCAAUCUGACGAUCGCCGCAAUGUCUGUUUACUCCAUCCAUUCUUCGAUUAUGCUAUGGAGAACUGGGUGUAUCACGCGAGCCGAUAUGAUGCGAGAGACCACGGCUUUUUUCACACCAUUUUGUGCUUUCUGACGCCCGAUAACCUGGCCUUUCGGCAGUGGACAGUGCCUCCGUGGUAUCGGGACACCGGCAACCCCUCUGAAGGGAUUCCCAUUGCUUUACAUGUCGCAGCACAUGCUGGGAUGUACGAGUUCUGCCUUUGGCUCAUAAACGAACAAAAGAUGUCUGUUUCGUCAAUCGCCAGCGACCGUCGAACGCCAUUGCACAGGGCGGCAGAAAAAGGUCACGGCAAGGUUGCCUCACUCCUAAUCCAAUACGGCAGCGAUCCGAACCCUGAAGAUAUAUACGGAUUAAAGCCUAUUCACCUGGCAGCACGUUAUAACCACGCUGAUGUGGUCUCGACUUUGCUUCAAGCCGGGGUUGAGCCUGACACACCAACAACGAACGAGGAUGAUGAAAACCCCGACUACUAUGACGCUGGAAGAGAUUUGCGAGAAAACAGGCCAGGCGAAUGUGCAAUCUAUUAUGCAAGUCGAUAUGGCCAUCUGGAGACACUGGAGGCGCUGAUUCCCUAUUGCGCGCCGUCUGCGUUGGAGAAGAUGCUCUGCGAAUGUUGUCGUUUCGAUCGUACUGAGGCUGCGGCUGCAGUCUUGGCACACUUGUCUAUUCCAGUGGAUGCUUCGUACAGUGGAGCAACUGCACUCUACUUUGCGUGUGGGAAUACCAAUACCGACUUGGUCCAAGCCCUUAUUGAUCAUGGUGCCGAUUCCAAGGCCCUAUCAGUAUUGGCAUCACUCGCAACAGACUACGGCGGGCCGGCGGUAGAGGAGGUCUAUGAAGACACGGAUGAAGGAACGGAACUCGUAUUCCAGUCCUAUUGGUAUCUAGAUGCGAAACUAGCCCCUUUGCAUCGCUUGGUGCAGAGUUGGAACUACAACAAUGAUGCAGCUUGUCAGGUCAUCCUUCGAAUUCUUUUGGAUGCAGGCGCUGAUAUGGAACAGCUAAACGGCGAUGGAGUAACUGCAUUACUUUUGGCAGCGUCAUUCUCGUGUAGCUUUCCAUUCAAUUCAUCGACAGCACCGUGCGUGCCUGCUUUGAGGGCAUUACUGGCCUCGGGAGCAAAUGUCAAGGCAACCUGCCCGAACGGUAACAAAGCAUUGCAUUAUGCCUUGGGACAAGAUCAAGAAAGCCUGGAGGCCAUGAGAAUUCUUUUGGAACAUGAAGAGGGCCAACAAGAAAGACGGUCUCUGGACACACUCCGCCCUCCUGGGAAGGUCGCGUCGGCUGACUUAGCUGACAGCGAAGCUCUGUCGUCCAGGUUCAUAGAGUACUUUGUGCGAGGCGGCCUUGAUCCCAGUUACGAAUUCUACAAGGGCAAAACCAUGUUGGAGGCGGUAAUGUAUCAAAAUCCCGGACUGUUCCAGACCUUGUUCUCCCUCUGCAAGGACGAGUCACUGAAGCAGCGAUGUUGGUUUGCUUUAUCAGGCGAAUGGCCCAACAGGGAGAGCUGCAUUCAAUAUCUCAAGAUCAUGGUCGCGCAAGGCAUGGAUCCGAACAUCACACCGGAAGGUGGCCGGCCAUUAUACCUGCACUUUUACAGGUACGAUGACUUGCUUCAAGCUCUUGAGCUGGCAGGAGCCAAGGCCAGCGUGGUGGAUGCCAAUGGAAACAAUGUUUUGCAUCUUUUGUGCAAACUUGGCCGGGUGGAACGGUCUCAGCUGGAACACUUUAUUGCACGUGGUGCCAACCCUCUUGCUACCACUCUGGAGGGUGAUACUUUGCUUCAUCUUGUCGCUACGUGGUACGGAGGUCAGGGAGACCAGCCUGACUUUGUACAAUGGCUGAUUAGCCUCGGAAUAUCCGCAGAUGCUACCAAUACCUCUGGGCAGACUCCUCUUCAUGUGGCAUCUACAGCAUGGGAAAAGUCGACAGCAGGAUGGCCACCUCUUCAUCCACACAAAACUUUUCUUUUUUGA